AUGCCCUGGUCCCAGACUCGCAAUGGCAGAUACGAGCGUGCUCUCGGGGAGAACGAAACGUUCAUUAAAAUCCUUGGAGACACCGCUUUGCCAUUCAGCCGCGAGCAUUGGGCGAUCAAUAUCGCCGUUGCAAUCACGCCGACGGGCUCUCUCACGCAGGAAAACAUGCCACAUCUCUUCCGCGAAGCUUGGAAGGCGUUUCGUUUCAAUCACCCGACAAUAGCUGCUUACGUUGUCAAUGAGACAAACUAUGUUUAUGACGUCCCUGAUAGGGACGCCCUAGAGAAAUGGGCGUCUGAAACGUUCAAAGUGGUUGAGGGCAAAACUGCGGAUGAAUUGAUAUCUUCUAUUACCAUCUCGCCGUAUGCAACUAUGUACUAUCUACCCAUGACAAACGAGCUACUGGCCCACUCGCAGCACUGGCGAACUGAUGGCAUCGGCAGCCUUAUGCUCAUGGAUGACUUUCUUGCUCUUGCGACCUUGUCUCCAUCACCAGACGCUGCUAACUUGCCGUGGGGCGAGGAGGCAGCUCGUCUAGCACCUCCGAUUGAGGAGGCCGCAGCUAUACCUACCGCCAACCAUUCCGAAGUUGAUAAAGAACUGGGUGCCAGAUAUGUUGCUACUUUCGGCCACGCAGUUGGUGCCAUCGGGAUACUCUCGCCUGCCCCGGCAGAGACUAUCCCUGGUGGUACACGCAUCGCCCAUCAUCGCUUUACAGAGCAAGAGACCAGUGCAGUAAUUCAAGCCUGCAAAAUACGCAAUCUCUCCGUAACGGCCGCCGUGCAUGCCUCCAUUGCAGCUGCAAACUACGCGCUUGCUGCUCCUGAGGACCAAGCUCGGAAGCAUUACACCAGCACAAUUCGCUAUAGUUUCCGUCCAUUCCUAUCAAACCCAUACUCAGGCCGGCAAUAUGCAUCGACAAUUUUCACGACUGGGUGGAUGGUUGCUGUGCCGGCCACGUCGUCAUGGGAGGAGCGGGCCAGGACCUACCAUGGCGAGUACCGCAAGGGUCUAAGCAAAGAAUAUAUAUCCGCACAUCGCGAGUACGCCAUAGGGCUGUGCAACCUUUUGCGCGGUUUACCUGCUGCGGGAACCCCGUCACCGACUGAUGUUGACAUUAGCAGCCUUGGUGUAGUGGAAAAGUACUUGGAUAGAGAGAAAGGCUCUUCCAAGCGAGGCAUUCGCGUGGACAGGGUCUCGCAAGGCUUGGAGAUGAUGAAUAGGCAGGGUGUAUGUCAUGUGUUGACGUUCCGCGACCAGCUGUGCUUGAAUUUGGUGUACAACGAGGCGUUUUACGAAAUGGUAAGUAUGGAUAACUUUGUCAGGGCUGUCAGAGAUUCUUUACUCAAUGAAUUGGCAGUGGAGGUUUAA